AUGGCUUCUAGUGCUAAGCGUAGGGCGCUGGAUUCAGGGCCUGAACAGCGCGAGGAUGACGAGUUGGAUGGGGAUGAGUCUGAAGAGGAAGAGUCUGAUAUUGAGGACGAUGAAUCAGAGGACGAUGGAUCAGUCAAUGAGGAGGUAAAAGUUGACUUUGAAGCCCACACUAUCGCUGACAUUGAUUGUGAUGGCAUAAAAAAGCUAUUGAAGCAGCUAUUCCUGAAAGCCCAUGUGGAUAUCUCCGCAUUAACAGAUCUCUUGAUUCAGCAAAACCACAUUGGAAGUGUGAUUAAGCAAGCUGAAAUGCAAGAAGACAGUGACGAUGAUAACGAAGAUCAUGUCUUUGGCUUCAUAAGUCUUCUAAACCUAACAGAGAGAAAGGGUAUUCCAUGUGCUGAAGAAAUCAAAGAGCUGAUUCUUAGUCAGUGUGAGAAAAACUGCGGAGAGAGCACGGUUGAACAGUUUGAGAAAGUUCUAAAUGAUAACAGCAAGCCCGUAGGUCUCCUCCUAAGCGAACGAUUCAUUAAUGUACCUGCACAGAUUGCUCUGCCUAUGCACCAGCAACUUCAGAAAGAAUUGGAAGAAGCUCAGAAAACCAACAAACCAUGCGGAAAAUGUCUUUACUACAUUCUUUUAAGUAAAACCUUUGUUGAGGCAGCAAAAGUAUCCAGACAAGGAUUGCAAGGGAAAGAAGAACUGACGUUUGCAAACGCAGAGGAAGAGUUUUUCUAUGAGAAAGCAAUUCUGAAGUUCAACUACUCUGUACAGGAGGAGAGUGAUACCCAGUUGGGAGGACGAUGGUCUUUUAAUGAUGUUCCUAUGAAACCUUUCCGAACUGUAAUGUUGAUUCCAGCAGACAGAAUGAAUCCAAUCAUGGAAAAGCUCAAAGAAUAUCUGUCAGUGUAAAUGAUUUCCUAUAAAGAACAGAAUUUUAUGAAAUUAUAAUUUUUGAAUGCAUUAAACUAAGAACUAGUUAACUAUGAUUGUUUUAUAAAAAAAAUUGCAUAUGA